AAAACUACUUUAUUUUUUUACUUGAUAUUUUUUCUUUCUCAACUACACUUUUGAGUUGAAAAUAGCUUUUGUUGCUUUUUAAAAAAAAAUUGUUUUGAAAUUUUGUAUAUUUGUCGUUGGAUUCGCUUAUAUCGCGUUUAUAUGUAUGUCUCUUAUUCACUACCCCUCCAAGGACGUCCACCUAGAAUUUCUACAUUAUGAGUAAAACAGACAGUAGUAGUGUCACUAAGAAUAAACUGACUCCCGGUGCCGGUCAUCGCGAUGAUAGAGCAACGACACCAGGCACAGAUGAUGAAUCUACAGUUGGCCCAAUCUGUGAGAACUUCGCACCGCAGACUUGGCGGAAAACCAUAUGCCGUAAUUGUUUCCACGCUAAAAGCGAACACGGUUCGGACACACGCACAAACGGAACAGAGACCCUCGCAAAUAGUGCCGACGCCCGGAAAACCACAUCGAAAAAGGAAGAAGAGAAAGAAAAAUCUAGUGACAAAAAUGUGUCGUCCACAACAGAUAAAAGCAAGUCUACAGCACAGACAGCCCCAGAAGCGACAGUAAAAGAUGACGAAACCAAAAACACAAAACCAUUAGCAGCACUUUUAGAAUCAAACAAACCCAAAAAAUCGCCGCAUGUAAUUCCAAAUGCAACCCCUGUUUCGCUUAUUAUGUCAAACCUAGCAAAUUCCAAAAAACCAUCCCCUGUAGAUGUGAAAAAAUGUGGUCCUCCAGGAAAUACUUUGCUGUCGACUGCCAGUGCGAAAAAAUUAGUCGAGAAAUUUGGAGGAAGUAAAACUGCCCCUCCUAGUCCAAGUGGACCCGGACCUAACAAACUACCAGGCUUUGGAAAGAAAACUAAUUCUUUUCUUAAAGAGACGUCAAAGACCGAUGCUCCGAGCCCGGGCACAAAACAGGUGAGUUCGGCUGAAGCAUCGGCGAAAUCAUCGAAGGGGUCCGACGUGGUCUCAACAAGUGCCGGAACUACAUCGACGCCAUCGUCAUCAUUAUCGUCCACAUCAUCUUCACAAUCUGCAUCAAAAGCAACCAGUGCCGCUCCAAGCAAGGACACCACCACUACGACCAAGGAUUCUACUAUCGAUACCAAGAAAAGUUCCAGUAGCAGCAGCAGUACUGCGACGAGUACAACUAAAACAGCCACAGCUCCAUCAACAUCAUCAUCAACAACAACAACAGCCAAACCAACAACAACAGCAACAACAACAACAACAAAAACAACAGCAGCAACAACAAAACCAUCAACAACAACAUCCGACUCUGCAAAUGAUAAAUCUAAAAUAUCCAGCGCGUCAACGACGCCAACUUCUACCAAAUCCUCAACGGGUGACACACCAAAGACAACGUCUUCAGCAAAGGUUGACACAGCCACAGCAAGCACGGUGCCUCCUUCCUCCACAGUGGCCAGCAAGGGGCAGGUAGGUAGCAGUACUUCCACUUCCACCACCCCUACUCCGGCCAUUAAGACACCUGUUGUCACCGUAGCCGCUUCUGAUGAUAAAAAUGCCGCGUCCGAGAAAACGCCGAGCAAAGCGAAAACAAGAUCGCCGUCCCCAUCACUUCUAUCAUCACCAGCAUCACCAGCGUCACCGACCCCACCGUCACCCACCGCAUCGACAUCAUUAGCAGCACCUUCAUUAAGUUCAUCAACAAAAUCCACAACGAAAACAACCACCGCAGCCACUACCACCACCACACCGUCCACAACAACAAAACCUUCGUUAUCCAUACCGCCAUCACCUUCAUCCCCAUCAGCACCAUUAUCACCAUCAUCACCGGUGUCGCCAUCACCGAAAACCACCACAGCAGCAUCUGCAAAACCAACGAGCACCCCUCCUGCAACAAGUGCUACGCCGGCAACAAGUGUCCAACAAGCGAAAAGCACAACGGCGCCAACCACCACCACCACCGCACAAAAGGGGGUAAGCCCUACAGCGUCGAAAUCUACCCCUACCACGGCUACUACUUCGGCAACAGUAUCGGAUAAAACUACUACAACAGCUGUUACUACUACUACCAAAACAACACCAACAGCAAAAACAACAACAUCGUCCGUGCCGUCAACGACCCCUGCAGUAUCAACAAAACCAACAACACAUGCGGGUGGGACAACAACAACUACAACUACAGCAACAACAACAACAGCGACAAAAACAACAGAUUCGAACCAAACUACGAAAACGGCAGCUACCGCCCCUACUUCUUUGGGGCCGAAAUUUACUGGACAGCUGACCGAUACUGCGGCACCUACCUCACCGAUUCCGAAAGUAAAAACAAUGGUUGUUGAAUCUUCUAAGUACGCGAAAUCACAAGCCGAGGCGGCGGCCGCGGCGGCGGCAGCGGAAGCAGCCGCCACCGCCGCCGCAUUAGCAGUAGCAGCGACAACAACAAUACCGACAUCAACACCAACAUCAACACCAACGCCAGCAACAUCAACAUCGACAACAACAACGCCAUCAACUAAAGAAGACUACAGUGAUUACGGAGAUAAUAUGGCUUCUAUCAGACGAGCGGGUCGGUAUACUGACGACCCUCACGUAGGUUCGACGAGAGCUUUUACCUCUGCGGCAUCGGAAGAGGCCAAAAACGACGGUCAACGCUGUGUUAGAUCACAUUCCUUUGAAGGUUCAAAUAUAAUCAUCACCAGUGGUCAAGACAACGAGGGAAUGAGAGACAGCCCUGGAAGGUUGUCUCGACAGGAUUCGACCUCGUCUACUUCAUCGUCUUCAGAAAGUGGAAGGUCACGGCAGCCGAUCGUUGUGGAAGUACAGGUCCGGAAAGGUCAUCGAUCGUCCCAACAAGCAUCACAGCCGACUGGAAGAUCUCCAUCGCCUGCACCCUUUGUUGUGAUAUCCCCGGGUGGAGCAACCAGGGUCGGAAGGACGCCUAUUACCACCACCAUAAGGACAGGAUUUGGUUUCCCUUCAGGUAGGAUGAGUCCCUCUGUACUUCACAGCGGUUUUGGUGGAUUAGGGGGUUUUAUCGAUGGCGGGGGUGUGGAUCGUAGUUGGGAUAGCGGGGGAGGGAGUUUUGUUAGUAGUCCUUCUGCUUCUUCAUGUUCCUCUCCCGUUCCUUCGUCUAUGCGAAGCGGUUACCGACCCUUCCAGUCGCCGUCCCCUUCCCCGAGCCCCAGCACGCCGGCACGUGUCAUACCGCUGCCUGUUCUACAUACCACAUCAACUGGAGUAUCUCCAGACAGCUACGAAUUCAAUGUAGCUCGUGCUACUUCCCCUCACAUUGCUGGCUACCACACUCCCCCUCCCCCACCCUACACCCCGCCUUUAGAUACACCGUCUACACCGAGUAGAACUUCUUCCACUUCCCCUAGCCAGCAGUCCUACAGCCCUGGCCCUAGCAAUAUCCAAGAUGGUAAGGCUCCAGGUUCCCAUUAUCUAAAAGAUGCAGAUUAUGAUCUGGAUACUAGAUUCGAUCCGAAUAGUUUCGAAAAUAAACCGAGAUAUGAGGGAGGUAAGAGUAGGGAUGUUUUAGUCAUUGACAACAGAAUUACUCGUGAUAAAGAUAAUCAGCAAGCGCAGCCUAAUACCUACGUACAACAAGUAUCGGGUUACAGCCCUAGCGUCAGCCAACAGCAGGCCGAAAACGCGAGCGUAAUAUGUCAUCACAGAGAAACGAAUAUAGAUGCAUCACAACAAGCAGCAGCAGCGGCAGCAGCAGCAGCAGCAGCAGCAACAGCAGCAGCUGUUUCAAGGUACCCCGGGAAGGAUAAUAUUACUCAAGCAUCAUCUACUGAUGCUGUAGUUUCUCCAAGUUCCCCAGCGGCAUCAACAGCCGUCGCAGCGCCUCCGGCGUCCAUUUCGAAUGAAGGUCGGCAAGAAGCUCAUUCACUAAAAGCUGUCCCCUGUGAAAAUAGGGACCAAGAGCCGAGGAAGUCAUACCAUGAAACGCCAGAUGACCAGAGUAAAAGCAAGGGUGGACAAAUUCGCUCACCAGCCGAAAUUUCACCUUCUGAGACGAAUAGGGGCCUUUCCUUCGAGGAAGUAGAGAAAAUUAAAUCCAAAGUUGCUGAACUUGAAGAAUGUAUUCAGAAACUAAAAGACGAUAACUCAAAGUUACAGAAUGAUCUAAAUGAAAAAUCCAUAAUUGAGAAACAAGUUGCUGAGUAUACGGAAAAGCUAGAAACCAUGGAGAAGAAAUGCACUGACUUAGAGGAGGAUAAAAAAGAAUUAGAAGAUCAAGUUCAGAUUGAGAAAAUGAAGGUGGCCAAAGGUCAGCUAGAAAGUAGAAGCCUUGCAGAACUGCGUAAGUUAUUAGAAGAGAGUGAUGAGACCCGCAUGAGGCUAAACGAAGAAAAUAACAGCCUCCGUGAAGAGGUCAAUGAAAUGAAGUUAGAAGUCGAUGAAAUGUAUGAUCAAUUCAGAGAAUCCGAUGCAGAAGAUUUCCGCGAACUUCAAAAAGAACUUGAAAUCACCGCUAAGAACUGUCGCAUUUUGCAAUUCAAACUUCGCAAGGCUGAAAGACGGAACGAUCAGAUCGAAACGGAACGUGAACAUUACGAAGAUAAGUUAAGAAACCUCCAGGAUGCUUUCGAGAGCCAGGACGCCCGGCGACACAUCCAGGCGCUAGAAGAGGAACUGAAGAUGGCCAAAGAGGUGUCUGUCCGCUUGCACGAUGAGUUGGAUAUUGUGGAAGAGAAAAGAUCUCGUGUUGAAGAUGAUAACCGGAAGCUGCAAGACAUGCUGGAGCUAUCCGAUAAAAAGAACUUCCGGAUGGAAAUGGAAAUCGAUAAACUUCGUGACAAAGUAAGUGCAUUUUUUUCCUACAUUUUC